AUGGAUCCCCAAGUCGAGAUAGAGGGCAAGAACCAAAUCCGUCCCUACUCCACGACACAUUCAAGUUCGCAGAGCCUCAAAGAAGUCAUUGCUUUCGCUACGGGCGAUCAAGACAAUCCCCACAACUGGUCUGGUCGGAAGAAAUCCUUUGUGGUCUUCAAUGGAGUGGCAUUGGUCAUGUCUUCGACCAUCGGAUCCUCGAUAGCAGCUGGAGCUUCGCAUCAGUUUGCAACUUAUUUCGACAUCACGAACCAGGCGCAGUUGGUCCUGCCGACCUCCUCAUAUCUGAUUGGCUAUGUCGUCGGGCCCUUACUAUUUGGGCCACUGAGUGAGAGCUAUGGUCGGAAGUGGGUCAUGAUCUCAACCUUUGCAUUGUUCACCAUGUUUACCUUGGGAUGUGCUUUGGCGAAGAAUUUUGUGACCUUGUGCGUAUUCAGACUACUUGUCGGCAUCGGCGCCUCGAGUCCCAUAUCCGUGGUGGGAGGGAUUUACGCCGAUGUAUAUCCUGACCCUGUCACUCGAGGUCGAGCUCUGACUAUAUUCAUGACCGCUACUACUUUUGGUCCAAUUCUUGGGCCAAUAAUGUCCGGGUUCAUCGCUACGGUCUCCUGGAGAUGGAUUUUCUGGCUCUCCUUGAUCAUAGCAGGGAUCACCUGGCCCGUCCUACUCCUCAGCCCUGAGACUUAUGCACCUGUUAUUCUUGCGACACGAGCACGACGUCUUCGUAAGGAAAACAAGAACCCGAACAUCUUCGCACCGCUCGAGCUUGAACAUCGUGAUAUGAAGCAGCUGAUCACAGUCGUGCUUACGAGACCGGUGCGGAUGUUCUUCACCGAAGCCAUCGUGCUAUGUAGCUGCUUGUACCUAUCCUUCGUCUACGCCAUCUUCUACAUGUACUUCCAGGCCUACCCACUCAUUUUCGAAGGCACCUAUCACUUCAAUGCCGGCGAAGUUGGGUUGACGUUCCUACCAAUCGGGGCCGGAGCCCUUUUGGCGUGCGGCCUAUACCUCUAUUGGGACGGGGUACUGCAGAGGGCAAAGGCACGGGAUCCGCCCGCUGCCUGGUCGCAGAGUGAGGAGUAUCGGCGGUUGCCUUUAGCCUGUAUUGGCGGUCCGUUGCUUGUACUCAGCUGUUUCUGGCUAGGAUGGACAGCUCGAGAGGAGGUCCAUUGGGCAGUGCCUGUUCUCUCGGCUCUACCAUUCGGCAUGGGAUUUUUGCUACUCUUCAUGUCUCUGGUCAACUAUCUCGUCGAUGCGUAUGAGGUAUUUGCUGCCAGUGCCAUGGCAGCAUCGGCUUGCUCAAGGAGCUUGUUUGGUGCAGUUUUACCCUUCGCAGCGAGGCCACUAUAUGCGCGCUUGGGAAUAAACUGGGCAUGCUCACUGCUAGGUUUCCUAAGUUUAGCUAUAAGCGCUAUUCCCUUCGCUUUCAUCCGCUUUGGAGACAGCAUCCGCGAAAAGAGCAACUUCUGCCAAUACUUGAAACACUGUAAGAUGCAAGAGGAACAGGAGCGGGACGAACAGGAGCGAAGGAUGCAGCGAGAGGGUCAAAGUGGGGUCGACAAGACCGCAAUUGUGGAGAAACUGGUUUGAACGGACACGCAGCGGGAAGAUUUUGGUUGGUUGGUUGACCACAAAAAUCAUUAACGGAAUAUUUGGUUUUUUUUGUUAAACGGCCUGGCAUUAGAGACGCAUGUUACGCUGGGCGAAACAAGGUGAAGUUCGGUUCGACCGCGCACACGACGGCGCAAGACAACUCGAAAGGUUGAGCUCAAUCGAUUUUAUCAUGCAGGCACAAAGUUGCUUGUAGGACCUGUUAUUCUGUGCAUGAACGUAAGAACAAGAGAUGUGCG